AAGGAAAGUCGCUAUCAAUCAAUGAGUAUACGAAACUUGCCAUAUAGUAUAUUUCCAUUAGAAGACUAAAAUAAUUGUUUUAUUUGAUGAUGAUGUUCGUACAUUUAUGCAUUUCUAUUAUCUGUUUAAUAUGUCACGAUCAUGAAAAAACUGAAGAGAUAUGGAGUUUCUAGAAUCCUAUCCUAUGGACUUUUAAACAAGGCAUACUAUCUCACAACGUUUCUUUUUGUGUGGUUUUACAUUGCUCCAGCACCCGGAAAGAUGGGUUAUCGUCCAGCUGUAGAAAGAUUUCUCAAACUGUUGCCGAUGGUUUGGGCCGGUAGUCAAGUCACUAAGCUUCUAAGAGCCGCCAGGUCAUUGGCACUAGCGCCGUUUGUUGACAGAGGAUUUACCUGGUUUACUAAUAAGUUUAAGUUUCAAUCACAAGGGAAGGUAACUUACAAUAGCUUUUUUUCGGCUUUCGCGGCAAUAGUUGGAUUCUGUUUUGGGUUGGCCCUCAUUGUAUUUUUGGUCAUCACACUACUUUGGGCCUGA